AGAAGAAGCAGCACGAGCAGCUUUUAUGUAUUUUUUGUAAACAUGUCGGAGUAUGACCAUGUCCAGAAAAGUGCACUGAAGAUUAAGGGCGUGGGGAGCGUUUCUUCUGGCAAAAAGAAGAAGAAGAAGGACAAGGAGAGCAAACAGCGCAUGGAGCAGAUGGCCACCAAUCAGAACGAUGAGGAGGUGAACGCCAAACGGGCGUAUAUUGACAAAAGGACACCAGCGCAAAUGGCCUUUGACAAGAUGCAAGAAAAGAGGCAAAUGGAGAGAAUUUUAAACAAAGCCUCCAAGACACACAAGCACCGAGUAGAGGACUUCAAUCGCCACCUGGAUAACCUGACAGAACAUUAUGAUAUCCCGAAAGUCAGCUGGACCAAAUAAACAGCGAGACAUUUUCCAUUUUUGUUUUUGGGAGGUUAAGUUAUGCCAGUUUUCUGUAUUUACAAUUAAAGUUAAUUAUUAUGA